UGCGCGCGAACCGAGAGAGCCCGGCCGCCUCUCCCGGGUCCCGGCCCAUCCCAACCGUCCGAUCCCCAGCCGAUGGCGGCGGAGCCCGCGGCGGACGGCCACGAUCCCCCGCUGGCGGAUGCCUCCGGCGACGACGACGCCGCGGCGGCGGACGCGCUCCUGAGCGCGGCCUCGGAGCAGCUGACGCUGGUGUACCAGGGGGAGGUCUACGUCUUCGACCCCGUCCCGCCCCAAAAGGUUCAAGCUGCUCUAUUGGUGCUUGGAGGGUGUGAGCUGCCUACUGGUUUAGUAAGCAUGGCUGGGCCUACUGCAUAUGGUGAAAAGAGUACAACUGUGGCUGCCAAAAGGGUUGCUUCCUUAAUGAGGUUUCGUGAGAAGAGGAAGGAAAGAUGUUUUGAUAAGAAAAUAAGAUACGGAGUGCGCAAGGAAGUUGCCCAAAAGAUGAAACGGCGUAAAGGACAGUUUGCUGGAAGGGCAGAUUUUGGUGAUGCUGCAAGUUCUUCUGCAGCUUGUGUCUCUGCAGCCGAUGGCGAGGAUGAUCAUUUCCGAGAAUCCCAUUGUCAAAACUGUGGUGUCAGCUCAAGGCUUACUCCAGCAAUGCGUCGGGGGCCGGCUGGCCCAAGGACCCUCUGUAAUGCUUGUGGCCUGAUGUGGGCAAAUAAGGGUACUCUGAGAAGUCCUUUGAAUGCCCCAAAGAUGACGGUGCAGCAUCCCGCCAAUCCGAGUAAAAUGGAAAGUGUGGAUGAUGAUAAAGCAAUUGUGUGUGCUGAGCAUAACCAUACCGCGGUCAAAAUGGACUCUGAGAUGAGUCCGGAACAAGAACAGAAACCGGAACUGCGCCCGGCGACCGAAGGCGACAGCAUGGCUGAUUCAUGACAAGUGUAUAUAAACUGAGACAUAGGUUUUUGUCAGAUAUUUCCUGACUUUAGAAAUGAUGUAUAACGCAACAAAACUAACUAAAGCAUGCAUCAACAACAUGCCGUAUUUAUCCCCUCCAUGUAUUAUAUUACUACAUUGUAUACCCAACAGUUCUGCAAUGCAGAGAAUUCAGCAAUGCAAUGCAAUGCAAUCCAUCACAUCAUC